AUGAAGAUAUUUUUUAUUCUGGCUCUCCUGCUCGUCCUGGGUGUUGUUAACGGUGAUUCUCACGUGGAUGAUACCGAGAAGAUCUUUCCCGGCAUGAUGAUGAAUAGGCGGGCCGAUAAUGGCGGUGACCAGAAAUCCUACUUCGACCAGAAACAAGACUCGCCUAACAACCUUGGAGACCCAUUUUCUUGUGCUGCGUGUAAAACCUGCAAGAAAAUCAAAAAGCAAGUUCAAGCGAGUGCACGAAAUGAAAAAUAUGUUGAUAUCGUCAUUGAUCCUGUGAUCGAUUCAGAAUCAGCAAUUCUCGAGCAUCGGCAAGUGCCCGCUGUUGCCUUCGCGAAAUAA